AUUUUCUCACUUGAUAAGGUAUAUGACAUAAAAAAUAAUUCAGUCAGAGUUAGAAAUCAUAUAGAAAAACAGCUCAUGUUUCUCCUUUUUUUUUGUUAUAUUGUAGAACUCUGUUUUAGAUUUUCUAAGGAAAAAUGCCUGAAAAGUUUGAUUGGGAAAAAGUGCCAAAGAUCGUUUAUCAACCAAAAUAUGAAGAAACACUCAUGGAACGUUUCAAAAAAAUGGUUGAGAAAGAAUACAAACUGAAAUUCAGUGAUUACUGGGAAUUUCAUGAAUGGAGUUACAAGAAUUAUCCAGAAUUCUGGGACUGUGUUUGGCGCUUCUUUGACAUAGUAUAUUCGAAACCCUAUUCUCAGGUGUAUGACAGAAAGAACAGUUUCGAUAAUAUGCAUUGGUUUAUAGGUGCCAAAAUAAAUUAUUCUCAAAAUCUAUUGAAAUACAGAGAUUCUAGAACGGCAAUCAUUUCUACAGAUGCUGACGAUAAUACCGAAUAUAUCUCUUACAAGGGCUUGUACGAUGAGGUUAGAGUCUAUGUAAAAGCUCUGAAAGACGAGGGAAUAAAAAAGGGGGACUAUGUAGCAUGUUACAUGUCAAACAAGACGGAAGCUGUAAUUGCAUUCCUGGCAGCAGCUGCUAUUGGUGCUAUUUUUUGUGGUGCUCUUCCUUUGCUGGGCGUGAAAGCUGUCCUGUCUCGUUUCGAACAAAUUAAACCGAAAAUCCUUUUCACGGCAGGAAAUUUCACUUUUGAUAGCAAGGAAUUUAAAAUGGACGAAAGAAUACCGGAAGUAGUGAAAAGUCUCCCAUGUCUAGAAAAAGUCGUUUUCUGUCCUAAGAAAGGGAAGAAAGUCCAGGAAGAUAUCUCAAAUAUCCCCAAAUGUGUAUACAUACAAGAUUUUCUCCGUAAAGCACGAGAGGAACUUCAGGACAACCCCAAAGACAUAGAAUUCGAGCAGUUACCAUUUGAUUACCCUUUAUGUAUCUCAUUCACAUCUGGAACUACUGGAUCCCCGAAAGGUUUAAUUCAUUCCAUUGGGUCGUUCAUCACUACUUUGAGAGAUCGUGGUUUGAAUGAAAAUUGUACAAGGGAAGACUCAAUAUUUAACCAGUCGCCCGUGGGCUGGAUUUCUUGGAAUAUGACCGUGAACUCUUUGCAUUUAGGUCUUACAAUAAUAAACUAUGAUGGUUAUGUUUUUCAAGAAUCUCCCAUGCGAUUUUGGGAUUUGGUUGAUAAAUAUGGACUUACAAGUGCUUAUGUAUGGAGCAGUACAUUAGAAUUUAUGGACACACAUAGUUGGGCACCGACUGCAAACCAUUCUUUAAAGACUCUGAAACAACUGUUUCCUGUUGGAAGUCCUGCAAAGCCCAGCACUUUCGAUUUCAUAACAGAAAAAGUAAAACCGGGCAUAUUUUGCUCCCCAGCAUAUGGUUGUACAGAAACUUUUGGUUUAAUAAGUGGACUGGACUCCAAUAUGCCAGUGUACAGAGGAGAAAUACAAGCUCUCGCCCUCGGCAUGGAUGUCCGCAUUCUCGAUGAAAAAGGUAAUCCUACAAUCGGCAAAAGAGGCGAAUUGGUGCUGGCUAAUCCCCAUCCAGCCCUUCCCGUGGCAAUUCUUAAUGAUGAAAACAAAGAAAAGGUUAGAGAAAUGUAUUUGAUUGAUCAUCCAGGUUAUUGGAAUGUGGCAGAUGAUGCAUGGCGCAAUCCUAUUACAAAGGGUCUCAUAGUUUUUGGAAGAAGUGAUGAAACAAUGAAUCCCAAAGGAGCAAGAUACAAUUGUUCAGACAUAUAUUUUGCAUUGGAAGAUUUUCCUGGUAUCAAAGAUACCGUGGUUGUUUCGCAGUACAAUAAAGACAUGGACGAAAGAGUCAUAUUGUUUGUGAUGAUGCUUCCGGGUCAUCCGCUCACAGAUGAAGUGAAGGAAAAAAUCAACAAAACCAUCGAGCAUCAUCUAACACACGAGCAUGUUCCUGACAUUAUAAUGGAAACACCAGACAUACCGUACAACUUGAACGGGAAGAAAUUAAACAGUGUAGUAAAGAAGAUCAUAAACAAGAAACCAAUCCUGAAUGCAGAAAUUGUCAUCAAUCCAUCCUCCUUAGAAUUCUUUCGAAAUCUGGACUUAGGAGAGUUUUAACUUGUAUAAAAUAAUUUAAUUCUGUAGCAUAAAGCGAAAAAUAAACAUUUA